CGCAUCAUACCCUCCUCCCUUAAAGACCCCAUCGGCGCCCCAUCCUUUCCUCUCGCUCUCAUUCUAUUCCUUUCCGGGCUAGGGUUUAGUUUCCGGCGGCUCUCUCCUCGCGGCGCUCUGCUUCCCGAAGGAUGGUAAGAGUCAGCGUCUUGAAUGAUGCUCUUAAGAGCAUGUACAAUGCUGAGAAGCGUGGAAAGAGGCAGGUCUUAAUUAGGCCUUCUUCAAAAGUGAUUAUCAAGUUCCUUCUGGUCAUGCAGAAGCAUGGAUACAUCGGUGAGUUUGAAUAUGUAGAUGACCACCGAGCUGGUAAAAUAGUGGUUGAGCUGAAUGGGAGAUUGAACAAAUGCGGUGUUAUUAGUCCUCGCUUUGAUGUGGGGGUUAAAGAAAUCGAGCCCUGGACUGCAAGAUUGCUUCCAUCACGUCAGUUUGGUUACAUUGUGCUGACAACAUCUGCGGGCAUCAUGGACCAUGAAGAAGCUAGGAGGAAGAACGUCGGUGGAAAAGUGCUUGGCUUUUUUUACUAGAUGUCGUUUGAUUUUUUCCUUUUAAGGAUUUUAAAGGAAUUUUGGAAACUAUGCUCUUUUGGUUUUCUGAGGUUUAAUUUUGAUAUUGAAUGCAGUAAGAAUUUGUAAGACUGUUAUUUUGAAGACGCACUCUUGACAUCUCCUUGACUAGUUUGUUCGCUACAAUUUCUCUCUCACAAUCCACAGGGGUUUCAGUUUUCA